UGCGCAAGCGCGUUGCUUCUCCAUGUGUGCUCAGGCCGUCACCUCGGACUAGCUGGAAAGAGACGCCAAGUAACAUAGCAAACUAGAAGUCACCACGGGCCCAGCGGGCCCUAUCGACUGCUGCUGCAGUCUUCCUCUUCUGGUCUGUCACCGCAGCCUCCGUCGCCAUGGGUAAGAGUCGGGCGAAGCGCUUCAAGCGACCCCAGUUCUCCCCUAUCGAUAGCUGUCAGGCCGAGGCGGCGGCCGUUGCGAACGGGACUGGGGACGAGGAGGACGAUGGUCCCGCGGCUGAGCUUCUGGAGAAGCUCCAGCACCCGAGCGCCGAGGUCCGCGAGUGCGCCUGCGCAGGACUGGCCCGGCUUGUGCAGCAGCGGCCGGCACUACCGGACCUAGCCCGCCGGGAUGCUGUGCGCCGGCUCGGGCCGCUGCUGCUGGACUCUAGUCUGGCGGUAAGGGAGACGGCGGCCGGGGCUCUGAGAAACCUCAGUGCUUGUGGAGGUUUUGACGUUUGUGAUGACAUGGUGGCAAAGGACAUCAUGACACCCCUGGUGGCGCUACUGAGAGAGUGUCUCUCUGGACUGGAUUCAAAUGAGAUGUCUCCACAGGAGAAAGCUGAUAAGGGAAAUCCCAUAGAAAGCAUAGCCAAUGAGGCUGUGAAUGUGCUGUGGAAUGUGUGUGAAUGCAGUAGUAGAGCAGUAUCUAUAUUCAACAAAGAAGGGUGUGUGGAGAUUGUAUUACAGUUCUUACGUAGGUUCCCCACCAGUAUUGACCUGGCUGUCUCCGUAGCGUAUUGUUUACAGACAGUGACAGAAAAUAACCCAGAGCUCCUGAAAUCUUUUGAUGGCACAGCACUGCGUGUGCUGGAGUCUGCUUUGCUUUGUCCUGUCACCUCUAUGGAAUACAUUCUUUUAAAGACACUGGUGGCAGGCACGAUCUGGAACCUAAAGGACAUUAUUCCAUCUAAGAGUCAGGCAGAAAUCAUUAAUGCCAUCCUAAGCGCCUUGUCUGAAGUUCUGGCUGUGAAUACUGGCAGCAUGGUCAUUCAGAUGAAGGAGGCUGAAACCCAGCGGCUAAAGACUGCUGCCGAGAGUGAGGACAUGCUAGCAGAUGCUAACGGUGAUGACUUGGUUGAAGAUGAUGAAAUGGAAGAAAUUCCUCAUAAGAGAAAACUCAGAAGGAAAACGUUUAUUUCGGAUUUACUUCCACCUACUGAUAAGGAGCUGAGAGAGACCAUGGCAUUGCUGACAGCUCAGCAGACCGCUCUGGAACUUAUUGUCAACAUGUGCUGCAGUGAAGAUCCCUCGGAUGAUGAGUGGGAAGAGCUUUCUAGUAGUGAUGAAAGUGAAGCCUUUCUGGAAAACUCCCUCAGUGAGUGCAGUGGACAACUGAUGUCCCCAUUGUGCCUGUCUCACGAGAUUCACUCCGCCCUUACCAACUGCCUCAUUCCAGAGAAGGUUUUUGAGAAAACAUCUUCACCAAACAGUAUUGCAGUUGACAUAUGUUCUAAGAACCCUACUUGGAAACCUUUGAUUAGGAAAAUGAACACUAUUCAGUGUAGAGCCCUUAUGUGUCUCCAGAGUCUUGUGUCUCUCCUGGACAUAGACCAUCUUGGUGGAGCCCCUGCUCUCCAGACACUUGCUCAGCACCUGUCACAACUUCUUUUUUCUCAGCCAGAUUUUGCUAAACAUGAUGAUUUUCUAGAAGCCAUAAGUAGUGCUUUGAGGGCCCUUUUGCAAACAAUGGCCUCCAAGAACAUUCCACAGUGUAUGACACCUGAGCAGCUGAUGACACUAUGCAGAGAAGGCAUUCAUAGUAGUAGCAUCGGGGUUAGAGUGAAUGUGGUCAGUAUUUUGGGGAUUACUGGCAGCGUCCUAGCCAAAGAAGACGGCACACUUGAAACUCUGAAGACCAUUGGGUGCUUUCUGCUGGAAGUCGCCACCAGAGACCCUUCCCUUGUGGUGACAGGAGAGGCUCUGGACGCCCUCUUUGAUGUUUUUGCAGAUGGUGAAGAAGCUGAAAAGGCUUCAGUUCAAAUCAAAUUGUUAGCGGCUUUGAAAGAAUUUCAGCCAGUCUUCAAAAUGAAGAUACGGAAAGAAGGGAGGGGCAAAUACAGUCCAGACCAGCUAUGUGUUCUCGACAACGUGAAGAUGAAUUUGAGACGGUUUAUUGCUUACCAGGAAACUGUUGAAAAAAGGCUGACCUCUUAAACCAUCAGGAGGACCAGAGCUGGCUGAGCAGCUGCCUGGCUGGCCGGCACGGACAGUCCUGGCUUUAUCCCUAGCUCCUGAGAAGCAAGAGUACGAGAGAACUACUUCUGGUGGACUUAGUGCUAAGAACCCUGAAGUUUCCCUUGAAUAUGUGCUUCCAGAGGCCUUUUUUUUUUUUUCUUUUUUGAGACAGAUUUUCACUGGAUAACCCCUCCUGGCCUGGAGCUCACAGAGAUCCACCUGCCUCAGUUUCCUGAUCGCUGGGAUUUAAGGUAUUCAACACCAUACCUGGCCUCCAAAAGCUGUGAGAAUCUGUAGGAGAUGCGUGUUACAUUUCCACUGAAAAUGCACCACAAUCUCUGGUGCUAGGGGUGGCCUUUAGGGCCAUGCUCCCGCUCAGCAAGCACUCUACCACUAAGUACACCCUAGCCCUCAAGUGCUCCUUAACUUAAGGGCAGUAAAAAGGCCUUAGACAAUUAUGUCCUUAAAUUUUUCGAGAAAAGAAAUUAGGUCACUGUUUGGAUUUUUUUAAAGCCAAUACCAUUUUAUAUUAGCUAUCUCCUACCUGAAAUAUGAAGAUAAGCUUUAUAAAAUAUUUUAUUAUGGAGUACUAUAUACCAAUGAUGAAUUUUUUGUGAAGUAAAUGACUUGAACUUGU